GACUGAACAAACCAAUCAAUACACUACAAUACAGUGACCAAUCUCAUACACAAAAUUCACAACACCUCAAAACCAUUUCUUCAACUCACCUAGGGUUUCCUCUUUCUUUCUUUCUUCUUUCCUUUCAAAACGAAUCAUGAAUAAUCACAUAGCAAAUUCACCCUCCCGAAUAUUCUCUUAUUUCCAUCACUUUCCUUAAUUCUAUCUAACUAUAUUUAAUUACCUUUCUUAAUUACUCUUUCCAUCUCUUUUUUGUUGUUAAUCCUCUUUCAAAUCACGACAACGAUGCUUAACAGAUCAGCCAGAAUUCCAUUUCCGUUUCCAGUUUAUGAAGAUCGGCUAAACGGCGUCGUUUCUCAGAUUCUAAAUCUAACGGUUUCGAGUUUACUUCUCUGAUCUCACUUUUUUUUUAUUAGUCACGUUUUUCUAGAUGCAAAAUGCGUAGUGAGUCUUCUUUUUAGUACUGGUGGUGGUGGUGGAAGUUAAGUUGAAUUAGAAAAAAAGCGCGUUUGUCUGUGGUGUGUUUGGAUUGGAUAUUAAAAAAAAGUAUGGCAAUGUCCUGCAAGGAUGGUAAUAAGCAUUUAAUGGAUAAUGGAAAGUAUGUCCGUUAUACACCUGAGCAGGUUGAAGCUCUUGAGAGGCUUUAUCAUGACUGCCCUAAACCAAGUUCUAUUCGACGACAACAACUCAUACGCGAGUGUCCAAUUCUCUCCAAUAUUGAGCCUAGACAAAUCAAAGUUUGGUUCCAAAAUAGAAGAUGUAGAGAGAAGCAGAGAAAAGAAUCUUUCAGGUUACAAGGAGUGAAUAGGAAAUUGACUGCCAUGAACAAGCUGCUGAUGGAGGAAAAUGAUAGGUUGCAAAAGCAGGUGUCUCAUCUGGUGUACGAGAAUGGUUAUUUUCGUCAAAACACCCAAAAUACUGCGCAGGCAACCAAAGACACGAGCUGUGAAUCAGUUGUGACGAGUGGUCAGCACAACAUGUCUAGUCAACAUCCCCCAAGGGAUGCAAGUCCUGCAGGGCUUUUGUCCAUUGCAGAAGAAACUUUAGCAGAAUUUCUUUCAAAGGCUACUGGAACUGCUGUUGAGUGGGUCCAAAUGCCUGGAAUGAAGCCUGGUCCGGAUUCCAUUGGAAUCGUUGCUAUUUCUCAUGGUUGCACUGGUGUGGCAGCAAGAGCUUGUGGUCUAGUGGGACUAGAACCCACUAGGGUUGCAGAAAUCCUCAAAGACCGUCCUUUGUGGUUUCGCGAUUGCCGAGCUAUUGAUAUUGUCAAUGUGCUGCCCACUGCAAAUGGUGGAACCAUUGAGCUGCUUUAUAUGCAGCUAUAUGCACCAACCACAUUGGCACCUGCUCGAGACUUCUGGUUGUUACGCUACACUUCUGUUGUAGAAGACGGCAGCUUAGUGAUCUGUGAGAGGUCUCUUAAAAAUACUCAAAAUGGUCCAAGCAUGCCUCCUGUGCCGCAUUUUGUUAGAGCAGACAUGCUGCCUAGUGGGUACCUGAUAAGACCUUGUGAAGGAGGUGGUUCCAUCAUCCACGUUGUUGAUCAUAUGGAUUUGGAGCCAUGGAGUGUGCCAGAAGUUCUGCGUCCACUAUAUGAAUCAUCAACAAUGCUGGCUCAGAAGACAACUAUGGCGGCCCUACGUCAUCUAAGGCAGAUUUCGCAUGAAGUUUCUCAGUCCAACGUCACUGGGUGGGGUAGAAGACCAGCAGCUCUGCGAGCACUUAGCCAGAGAUUGAGCCGGGGUUUCAAUGAGGCACUCAAUGGGUUUACUGAUGAAGGAUGGACAAUGAUGGGCAAUGAUGGUGUUGAUGAUGUUACUAUUCUAGUGAAUUCAUCACCUGAAAAAUUAAUGGGUCUGAAUCUGUCCUUUGGCAAUGGAUUUCCUUCUGUCAGUAAUGCAGUGUUAUGUGCCAAGGCAUCAAUGCUAUUACAGAAUGUGCCUCCAGCCAUUCUCUUAAGGUUCCUGCGGGAACAUAGAUCAGAAUGGGCAGACACUAACAUGGAUGCUUACACAGCUGCUGCCAUUAAAGUUGGCCCUUGUAGCUUAACAGGAUCUCGCAUCGGAAACUAUGGGGGUCAAGUUAUACUCCCACUAGCUCACACUAUUGAGCAUGAGGAGUUUUUGGAAGUCAUUAAGUUGGACGGAGUUUCACAUUCUCCUGAAGACGCAAUGUUGCCCAGAGAAUUGUUUCUGUUGCAACUCUGCAGUGGAAUGGAUGAGAAUGCUAUUGGCACCUGUGCAGAACUUAUAUUUGCUCCAAUCGAUGCCUCAUUUGCUGAUGAUGCCCCACUUCUACCUUCUGGAUUUCGCAUCAUUCCUCUUGAAUCUGGAAAAGAGGCUUCCAGCCCUAAUCGCACUCUUGACCUUGCAUCUGCCCUUGACAUUGGCCCGACUGGAAACCGAGCUUCAAGUGAUAAUGCUGGAAAUUCUGGCUGUGUGAGAUCUGUGAUGACAAUAGCAUUUGAAUUUGCAUUUGAAAGUCAUAUGCAAGAGAAUGUAGCAUGCAUGGCACGUCAAUAUGUUCGCAGUAUUAUAUCAUCAGUCCAAAGGGUAGCAUUAGCACUUUCUCCUUCUCAUCUCAGUCCACAUGGUGGGCUGAGAUCACCAUUAGGUACUCCUGAAGCACAAACCCUGGCUCAUUGGAUCUGCAACAGUUAUAGGUGCUACUUGGGUGUGGAGCUGCUUAAAUCUAAUAACGAAGGAAAAGAAUCUAUACUCAAGUCCUUGUGGCAUCACUCAGAUGCUGUAUUAUGCUGCACUCUAAAGGCAUUGCCAGUGUUCACUUUCUCAAAUCAGGCAGGGCUCGACAUGCUGGAGACUACCCUAGUUGCAUUACAAGAUAUAACUCUAGAGAAAAUAUUUGACGAUCAUGGUCGAAAAACUCUCUUUUCAGAAUUUCCCCAGAUUAUUCAACAGGGUUUUGCAUGUCUCCAAGGUGGUAUUUGUCUCUCAAGCAUGGGGCGACCUGUCUCAUAUGAGAGAGUUGUUGCUUGGAAGGUGCUGAAUGAUGAAGAGAAUGCUCAUUGUAUUUGCUUUAUGUUUAUGAACUGGUCUUUUGUUUGACAUUAUGUUCGGAGUAUAGGUAUCAGUGUGUUAAGAACUUCAGAUGAAGACAUACUCCAAGACAUUUUUUUUUACAACACAUACUCCAAGACAUUUAUGCAUUGUGUUUUGUAUUUUUGUGAUUGAUACUGGAUUUGCUCUGAAAAAUUGGAUUUGAAUAUGAUAUGACUAUUUAUGUGUUGGCAUA